AUGGCAGAUUCUCCACCCCAAGAAGCUCUGUCAUGGUCUGACGCUGAGAUAAAUCAAAUGGCUGAUACUUCACAGCAAUUGAUACGUAGUAUUAAUAUAGUAACUGGAAGAACGGCGUCAGAGUUGUUUAGAAUACUUCGAGAAGCACGUCAAUUAUCUGAAAACCACAUGGAAAUAGAAGUGGUCUCUCGAGACGAUGGUAGAGAAACACGAGAGUUAUCUGAAAAUCACGAGGAAAUGGUGGGUGUUCAAACCGAGAGUGAAGAAGCACGAUCCUUGGUGUUGGAGGAUCAACCUGCUUCUUCACCCUUGAUCUUUGACGAUGAGACGAUGGUCAACCGCCCUUGUUAUGAGCAUUUUCGACUCGAAAAGAUCGAAAAUCUUCUUCGUUCCGUAUCUGCUGACGAAUCAGACCGCUGUUCUAUUUGUCACGAAUCAUACAGUACAACCUCAGAUGCUCCUACUGUGGUCAGGGAUAUGCGCUAUUGCAGUGACUGCAGGACAUCGUUUAAUAUAAAGCCCGACACCGACAACUCUCACAUGGCUUGUACAGUUCCAAAAUGCUUGCACAGAAAUUUCGUCCCUGGAGGUCUCUCAGCGGGUUGGAAUAUGAAUUACAGCUGGGGUUUCUUUGACCGAAAUGGCUCAGUGAGGUUUUCAGACAUUUGUAAUGGUCCAGUUGCGUGCGCAGGCACAAUGUAA